AGUAACUGUUGCCAAAUGAUUACAUUUAGCGUGAAACACGUAGUUGCAACUGAGAACCGUCCUUUUCUAUAUGGCAAAGCUUAUAAAUCAGUGCCGCGGAACGAAACCCAUUGUAGUGCUUUCAUACGUAGACAAGCUUUCACCCUCGAUAUCAACCGGAUAACGACUGAAUCUCAAUCCGAGGCAAAGGGCCUAGUGGAAAGAAAAGAACUGAGAAAGUGGAAUCACGUUUUUGGUAUACUGCUGCGGUACUUCGAAACGACGAUGUUGAGAAGGCAAGUUCGUCUUAGAAAAGAGUACCUUUACAGAAAGUCUCUCGAAGAUCAAGAGAGGACCAUUCAUGAAAAGAAGAAAAAGUUAAAACGAGCAUUGGAUGAAGGUAAACCCAUUCCCACAGAACUACGUAGGGAUGAGUCCGAGUUGAGGAAAAUGAUGCAGUUUGAUGACCUGCAACACGACAAGGUUGAAAAUCACAUUGACGAUGAGUACAAAUGGGCUGGUGUUGAGGAUCCAAAAAUAAUGGUCACUACAUCACAUGAUCCUAGUUCAAGGUUAAAGCAGUUUGCCAAGGAAAUAAAGCUGAUAUUCCCAAAUAGCCAAAGAUUAAAUAGAGGAAAUUAUGUGAUUAGCCAGUUAGUAAGUGCUUGUGUUGCUAAUGAAGUCACAGAUUUAAUAAUCCUCCAUGAGCAUCGUGGAAAACCAGAUGGUUUUGUUGUGAGCCAUUUACCCUUUGGCCCUACAGCAUACUUUUCAUUGUCCAAUGUUGUUAUGCGACAUGACAUUCCAAAUGUUGGUAAACUUUCUGAGGCAUUCCCACAUCUUAUUUUCAACAAUUUCAAAUCAAAGCUUGGAAAAAGAGUAAUGGACAUACUGAAGUACCUCUUUCCAGUUCCAAAGGAGGAUAGUAAACGAGUGAUAACCUUUGCCAACCAAGAUGAUUUCAUUUCAUUUCGUCAUCAUACAUACAAAAAAGGUGAUGGAGGAAAGUCUAUUGAAUUAGAUGAAGUAGGGCCUAGGUUUGAAAUGCGGCUCUAUGAACUGCGGCUUGGGACAGUGAGCCAAGUAGAGGCAGAUACUGAAUGGAAACUUAAGCCAUACAUGAACACUUCUUUCAAAAGAAGGCAUUUAGAUGACACUGAAAAGUAACUGCAGUGGGAUCUAUUACCACUGCUUUUAAUAUUAGUAAAAUGUAUCAUUGUUAUGUGUAGGCUACUUAGAUAUGAAAUGCCUAAACUGA